UCUAGAGUCUAGAUCUAUAACUAAGAGAUCUAGAAUAAUUACUAAAAUUUAAGGAGUCAUCUUUUUUCACAAUACUAUUCUUAGACGAUUUUACUUUUACGUACCUAGUCAAGUUAGUAGUAUUAGUCUAGUGAGUCUAGCUACUAGCUAGAGCUCUAGACAUCUAGAAUAAUCUAGAUAGAUCUAGAUCUAGAUCUAGUUCUAGUUUAGUAGUUUAGUAAGUUUAGGUCACAGUUUAGGAGAGGCUAGAUCUACCACUAGAACUAAGUAUACACACAACCUUGUCUCAGUUUUUCACUGGUCCGGCCUUACGCCAGUUGCUGAUGACGUACAACAUUUUAAAAAGACUAGGCCAUGGAUCUUUUGGUGAUGUUUAUCUUCUAAGAGUUGAAAAUGGUGAUGAAUAUGCCUUAAAAGUUGUGGACACCACCAAACUUGUACAAGUGGAGGACAAGUCUGUUGAUGCUGAGGCCAGGCUGAUGAUGAAACUAUGCCACGCCCACCUGGUCCAGUGCUGUGCCUAUUUCCUUUGCAACAAACACCUGUACCUGCUCACAGAGUUUUGUCGUUACGGCUCCUUGAAAAACUAUUUAAACAACAGCUCCAGCCUUGGUGAGCAUGUUCCAGAGGAGAAAGUUCUCAUGUGGCUCAGUCAGUUAGCUGAUGUUCUUAGAUACCUGCAUGCCAGUAAAGUUAUCCACAGAGACAUAAAGACAGAUAAUAUCUACUUGGAUGACAAGCAGAAUUGUAAACUGGGGGAUCUAGGAAUAGCCAGGGAGAUGACCCACACAGCUGCCGUGGCCAACACCUUUAUUGGCACCUACCUGUAUAUGAGUCCUGAGAUUUUCAAGACCUCUGUCUAUUCUUCUAAGACAGAUAUCUGGAGCUUGGGUUGCUGUAUCCAUGAGGUCAUGACCCUCAGCCCCACAUUUAAAGGAGACAGUUUGGUUCAAGUCAUGGGCAAAAUUACUCGGGGAAAGUUUCCAGCCAUGCCAGAUUUUUACAGCCCAAUACUGCGGCAGCUGGUUGGAACCAUCUUAAAUGUAAACCCGAAGAAACGUCCAGAUGCCACAGAUGUUUUAUAUUAUGUUUGUCAAAUAAAAGGCCAAGCCUACACCCCAGGCCCACACAGAGACAUCCCUAAAAUUGAGAUUGACCAGAUGCAGGUCUGUAAAGCUGUGCAGGACUUUGAGAACUCACCAGGGGGUGACGACCUUCAACCUUUUUUAAACUUCCCAAGCCAGCCUGACACAAAUGUUGUAAGAAGAGCACCACGGCCUCUUCCACAGCCCAGACCCAGGUCAACUGUUCCAAAACAUUCAAAACACAGAGCAGAGAAAUCAAAAUCUUAUCCAAACUUCCAGCCAAAUGAGGCAAACAGUUCUGAAAGUUUAGAAACUUCUGAUACCAUUCCCUCCUACACAACAGACUUGCCACAGACAAAAUUAAAAGAAAAGACAGAAAUUGACAGGGCCACUGUUGGGGCUUCCAUACCCAAUGUUGACAUUCACCAACCUCUAAACAACAGCAGCAAUAACAAAUCAUUGAAGAACUAUUCAACAUCUGAGUCUGAGAGUUUGGUGACCUUGUACACACGAGCCCAAAAGGUCAAGUUCAGUAAAAGAGUCAAUGAGUGACCAGAUGAUGAACUGUACCACAGAUUGUCACAUUGUGUUUUGACGUAUGCUGGCAGCAGCAUAAAGAUUACAGCUGUAGGGAAACUUGCCAACAUACACAUUUAUUUUUUGACUGGUUAAUUAAUUUAUGCUGAAUAAAGUUUUCAGUCAUAGGGAAACUAGCCGACAUACACAUUUAUUUUUUGACUUGUUAUUUAUGCUGAAUAUGUUGCCAAGUGAAAGCUUUAAAUAGAUCAAUGAAGAUGUCCAGUCUGAGAUACUGUUGUAGUGCUGACCACUGACCACACACAUUGCUUGUACACAGAUGAGUGAAGUUGUCAUGACGCAGGUGAAGAUGGUUUUAUUAAUGGGAUAUAAAAGUUCUUCAUAAAAUAUUGAUUGAUGGGAUAUAAAAGUUCAUCAUAAAAUAUUGAUUUAUGGGAUAUUAAAAUUUGUCACAAAAUAUUAAUUAAUGGGAUAUUAAAGUUCAUUGUAAAAUAUUGAUUGAUGGCAAAUAAAAGUUUGUCAUAAGGUAUUGAUUUAUGGGAUGUAAAUGUUCAUCAUAAAAUACUGUUUUAUGUGUUAUCAUACAAUGCUGAUUCAGUACAAUAGAUCUGAAUAUUGUUUUGUUUACUUGCAAAUGGUGUAUUUUUACAUCAACAUUUAUUUUCAUGAUAUAUUUUUGGAAUUAUACAAAGUAUUUUUUUUAUUUUACACAAUAUACCUUUUGUAUCUCAUUUCAAAUGUAUUUGUAAAGAAAAUAUAAUUAUUUUUAUCAUUCAAUUCUAUUAAAUAUGAAUGAAUUUUGUGAUAAUUUUAUUAUAGUGAAACUUGUCUUAAAUCCAAAGUAAGGGAUCUCACUGCUUGUGAUAGGGCAGCACACUAAGGUCAAGGUAAGAUGGCUCUACAUGGCCAUACAAUUAGAUGGCCAAACAAUUCAAAGCCAGUCCUAGCUGAAUGAUCUAACCACUUCAACAUUGUUGACUAUUCUUUUGUUAAGUGUUAUGUAGUAUUAGUAGCAAAUGUUAAGUAUUGUCAUAAAAAUUGUUCGCAAAUAAAAUCUGUUAUUGAUGUCA